UGAGAGAGCCUGCGAUGCACGCGUCUCCGUGUGACCCGUGCAGCAGUCGAGCGCGAUCCAUUGUUGAGUGCGUGCGAUGCAUCGUGCCGCCGUCGCUGCCGUUGUAAUUCGGGGGGUUGUUUUCUCGGCGCCACCCCCGUGCCGGAAAAACACCUCCAGUGCAUGAGUCAGUCACUUUGCAGUCACAAACACGCGAUCCACGGAUUACAAGAGUGAGUUCACCGGGCUUUUCUUCAACAAGAAGGCGAGAACCGCAGUUAGUCACUUCUUGCUUCCGAGGGUGGUUCGUCACCUCCGAGGGUGCGUCCGGCCAGCAUGGCUCAUCCGAGAAGGCUCUCCCUCGUGGCCGUCCUGCUCGCCUGCGCCCUGCAAUUGCGCCCAGUCUCUUCCGAUUUUUCCUGGAGUCGCGGUUCCCCAGUGAGAUGGAGCAAAGACGAGCUUCAGUCAUUGGAGCAGCAGCCCGUUUUUGAUAACGCAGACGUGAAAAGCGGCGCCGCAAUAACCGUCCAAGUCGGGCAAACAGCCUAUCUGCCUUGCAGGGUCAAGCACCUCGGAGACAAAGUGAUCUCGUGGAUUAGGCAGCGCGACCUUCACAUCCUGACCUCGGGGCCGCACACGUACACGUCGGACGCGAGGGUCGAGGUGGUUCAUCCGCCCAACUCGGACCUCUGGACCCUGAGAAUCGUGUCCGCGAGGCCAUCAGACAAGGGUCGCUACGAGUGUCAGGUCAACACCGAGCCCAAAAUGAUGCGAGCCGUCCUGCUCGACGUCAGAAAUGAUGCCGACAUGAAAGACUCGCCCUACGUCACGGCUGACAGCAAAGUGACGCCCAGAAAGGACGUUUCAGGGUCUCCGGAGGUUCAAAUCUCAGGUCCCAACGAACAGUUUGUGCAGACAGGGACAACGGUGACGUUCACCUGCGUGGCCAAGUGGACCAAGGGCAGUGUGAACGUGGCCUGGUACCACGGCGACCUGCCGGUCUCGCACCGCCAGGGCUUCCGCCCCAUCAGUGUGGACACAGAACGCAGUGACGGCGGCGCCACGAGCAGAAUCACCCUGGCGCAGGUGCAGCAAAUCGACUCAGGAAACUACACUUGUGUCGCCGCGGCCACAGCGCCAGAGGCCAAUGCAGCUAGUGUGGCACUCAUAGUUGUUGAAGGUGAGCACACCGAGGCGAUGCAGCGUGACAUGGGAAACGACGCCUGCUCCCAGGGACCUGUGUGGUUUGUGUUGGUCAGCACCGGUGCCCUCUUGCUCUUUUGUCGGGCGUGACCUGGCCGCGGUGUGGCCCUUUCAUUGGUGUCAAUUGACAGUGAUUAACGCGCGGCGCGUUUUGAUUGACUUGUCGCGAUUCCAUCCUGUUUUGUGUGUGCCGGCAGCUGCGAGAAUGACUCUUAAUUAUCAGAGUUUGCGAAGAGAGAUGUUAAUUUUGGUGUUGUAAUUAUGAUCAAUGCGUGAAUGUUCCAUUGAUAAUGGAAAUGUGUACUUUUGCGAACCAUUUGAUAAAUGAACGUGUAUUUGAAGGUUUGAAUAGAAAAUUAAAGUAUGCACUCCUCACUUGCCAGCCUACAACUCAAUUUCAAUUCUCUUCUAUAGGUCUAUCAAUAUAUUCUUUAUUUGCAUUAUUUUACCAGCUUUGUGCUUCUUGCCUGGAUGGUAUUUUAUUUUGUAAAUUAAUUGUGCUUAAACGGCCGGUAUAGUAAUUUUGGUUGGUAAAAUCGUUUUUAUUGGGUUAGCAACACACAAUGUCACAUUGGUGCAUCUUUAAGCAAAGGGAUAAAAAUUGCAUUAUUUCUAUUUGCAAUUGUUGCAAUGUAUUAUCAAUAUAAAAAAAAAACAUGGAAUUUAUAGCAUCCAAUAUUGCUAAUUUUUUUCUUAUAAAAAAGACAACAAAUAAACAUGCUUUCAAGAUUAAUUUAAAUUAUUCAGAACAAGAAAAUUUUAAUACACGCCAAUAAAAACUAGUAAAAAACCUAAAAUAUGCGUUGCAAAUAACAUAACUACCUGCACUUAAUUCUACUCUUUUAAAAAUAAAAACAUAAAGAGCCUCUUAAUUAUUGUUAAUGUUCAAAUAUUCACGAUUCCAAUACUUACUCUGUGCAUCAUUUAAAACUGGCAUUAAACCAACAAGUUAUGAUGUUGUGCGAUUUUUAAGUAAAUUUAUACCAUACAUUUUAGAAUUUAGAAAAAAACAUGUAAAAGUUUAUACUGUACAUUGCUUGAUAUUUAUUUUGCCUUCUCAAUUAUUUUUUCUUUUUCAUGUAGUUCAUUGUCUAGAAACAUUAAUUAUCAUAUUUUGUGAAUUAUCUGUAAAAAUAAAAUCGAGAAAUUCAGAAAAUUAAAUUGUGCGGUGAGUUUCCUGGUCAAAAUCUUGUAUUUUUUAUGUUCAAAUAAUACUCAUUUUCAAUUUGAUUGAAAAUUGUGCUUUUUAGUUAUUCUAUAAAUUUGUAUUUCAUACAAUAAAAAAUUUCAUAUCCAUUUGGAAACAUCA